ACCAUGUCACUCUACUGGAAACUGAAAGUGCUUCUUGUGAGCUGUGUUCUUUUUAGUUCCAGCGAUGCUGGAGGAUCUUGUGGACCGAAUAAGAAGUAUGCCUGUGUACCAACGCAAUUUUGUUCCGAUGGUCGCAGCGUACAAACGAAUUCAGCUGCCUACUAUAAUAGGCAGUGCUUCUCAUUCGAGACUUGCUGCGAUGUCAAUAAGGUCGUUUUUGGAAAGCGUUACACUGGAGGACAAUUUGUGGCCGGUCCAUAUGAACAAGGUGGAAUUACCAGUGAGCCUCCCAGUAAUACAGGUGGAAAAACGUAUACAACAAAUAGUCAGACACCCAAUAUUUCCGGUGGUAAAGUUUCUAUAACUAAUACUCAGACGCCCAAUACUGCGAGUGGAAAAACAUUCACUACAAAUAAUCAAGCUCCCAAUAAUUCCGAUGGAAAAACUGCAACACACAGUACAAAUAACAUGGGAAAGAAUUUUCCAUUGUAUAAUGUCGGACAAACUGCAUCGGGUAGUGGUCACCAUCACAGUAAUUCGGGAAAAACUUUUAUCGCUAAUCCUCCAAUGACUAAUACGCAAAAUAAUCAUAAUCAUCAUAUUCAAAAUCAUAAUUAUAAUCACAAUCCCAGUCUUAACUUGGGUAACAGUAAUGGAUUUCAAAAUGUAGGAAAAAGUGUUCAACAUUAUAAUAACUUAAGACCCUCAGCGUAUUUUAAUAAUAGUCCUGAUAAUACAGGAGAAACCUUAAAACCAAAUCUUAGGAUGCAGUAA